AUGCUAACUAGUUAUGCGGAACACUUUGGAUUGUUGAUGUGUAUGUUGGUUCCUGUGUCGAAAUUUCCACUUGAGAUUUCGGUUUUUAGACAAACAAUAGAAAAGAAAAAAAAAAUUAAAAUUAUGCAUAGAAUGUUAUCUGCUUGUUUCAUAGAAAAUUCUUCCAGAACAACUACAAUGAAAAAAUGUCUGGAUUUUUCAUUGUUUAAUUGUCCAUUUCCCUUCGGAAUAAAAAAACAGACAGAAGAAAAAAGUGUCGUGCAUUUUAGGAAAAAAAAAGAGUUCAUCAAAUUCAUUUGUGGGUCAACUGACGGAUUAUCGUUCAGACGUUGGAUGAUGAAUUUCUUGAGUUUCCAUUUAAUUUGCGGAAGGAGGUAUGGUCCAUUGAUCUAA